UGAAGACUACACUACACACACAGGCAAGUGUGUAAAAACGAGCGUAACAAAUCUUUCGAAGUUUGCUUUUCAGUUGUUUUGGGAUGCUUGCCAAGAUUUAAAAUACUCUAAAAGUCUAAUGCAAAGAACUAGUGCAACGAGUUGAUCUCCUUUUCUCCUCAAAUAGAUCUGUGCCUAUGAAAUUUGGCGAUAAAGCAUUCUUUAUACAGAUACACAUUAUGGAAUCUUCAACUAGUUACAGUGCAGAACUUAAAGAAAAUAAUGAACGUGGAAAAUUUCGCGAAGCUACUGUUGACCUUAUUGCUGGCUCACUUGGUGGGGCAGCCAAUGUUUUUGUUGGGCAAUCACUGGACACUGUGAAAGUCAAAAUGCAAACAUUCCCAGCCUUAUACAACAAUAUGUUUAGUUGUUUCAAGACUACGUUUGCAAAUGAUGGUAUAAGGGGACUCUACGCUGGAACAGUUCCAGCUUUGGCAGCUAACAUUGCUGAAAAUUCUGUUCUCUUUGCUGGAUAUGGAGUUUGUCAAAAAGCAGUGGCUUGGGCUAUUGAUACCCCUAAUGUACAAGAUCUUAGCCCUUUGGCUAAUGCCUCUGCUGGUUUCUUUGCAGCAUUCUUUUCCUCACUUACUUUGUGUCCUACUGAAUUAGUUAAAUGCAGACUGCAAGCACUGCAGGAGUCACAAAGCCUUGCUAAGAAUGGCAAAACUAAGGUAAAAUCUGUGGGCCCAUGGAUGAUAACAAGAGAAAUUAUUAAAAAUGAGGGUUUUAAGGGAAUGUUUCGCGGCCUUGUCCCAACUUUUGCCAGAGAAAUGCCAGGAUAUUUCUGUUUCUUUGGCGGGUAUGAGCUGUGUCGACACUUACUCACUCCACCUGGAAAAUCAAAGGAUGAAAUUGGUGCCAUAAGGACGAUUAUUUGCGGUGGCGUAGGUGGAAUAUCUUUGUGGGUCGCGAUUUUUCCUUUCGAUGUAAUCAAAAGCCGAGUGCAAGUGAGCAAUACAGCUUCACAGCCCAUGAUGAAGAUGCUCUUCCACAUUGCACGGACGGAAGGUGUAAUGGCCUUGUACAACGGACUCGGUCCGACAGUUAUUAGAACUUUUCCCGGAACGGGAGCCUUAUUCUUGGCGUAUGAGACUAGCCGCAAAGUCAUGAACGAAUUCUUCGACAAAAUGUAGAGAACAAAUAAAAAUAACACUGCAUUUUAGGAUCAAAUCGAGUUGAGAAGUUAAGGCAACAAUUUUUUAUAAUGCAUUUUAUAUAUUAAUUAUGUUGUAGUUUAAAUGCUUGUUAAACUAUUGAGAUACAUAAAAAAUAAUUAAGGUUUACUGUUGCUCAAUCGUGUAAUACACAUUUUGUUACGAAA